AAGCAUUUAAUUCCAGAAACCAUCACCGGCCACCUUAAAUCCCCCCCAGGACAUGUAAUCCUUCCGUGCGGUUUCAGCCUUUGCGAGACCGAACAAGAGGGAGAGAGUGAGGAUGGUGGCCUUGAAGGUAUUUGGACAGCCAACAUCCACAGAUGUUGCCAGGGUGCUGACAUGCCUCUUCGAGAAGAACUUGGACUUCCAACUCAUUCGUACCGACAAGUUCAAGGGAGAGCCAGUGGUCCCUGAGUUUCUUAGGCUACAGGAUCCUACUGGUCAAGUAAUCUUUAAAGAUGGGAAGUUCAUGAUUUUUGUUGAUUCAAGAGAUGCUUGCAGGCACAUUUCGGAGAAGUACCCUGAUAUGGGAAACAAGACCCUUUUUGGAACUGGUGUUCUCGAGAGGGCAACGAUUGAACAGUGGCUGCAAGCAGAAGCUCGGAUGUUUGACCCUCCAAGCUCAACUCUAGUCUUCCAUCUGGCCUUCGCAACACCAUUAGGCUUGCAUCCUGAUCAAUCUUUGAUCGAGAGAAAUGAGAAGAAGCUGGCCGAUGUUCUUGACAUCUAUGAAAGUAGGCUGGGAGAGGACGAGUACUUGGCAGGGGAUGAAUUCACGCUGGCCGACCUCUCACACCUCCCCAACGCACACUACCUUGUUACCAAGACAGAGAGGGGACGCAAGCUUUUCACUUCAAGGAAGAAUGUGGCGAGGUGGUGGAAAGCAAUCUCGGAUCGGCCUUCAUGGAAGCGGGUGGUCCAAAUUCAGAGUGAGCAUCCAAGUCCACUGGAGAAAUUGGAGAACUAGAGUUUCAUUUGGAUGACUUUGUUUGCUGUGUGGUUUGGCUUCCCUUCAUGUUGCGGCUUCCUUUUUUUGUUGUGUGUUUGUUACUAUGCAAGUCUUCUUGACCUGCAUCUGUCAUGGAUAAAGAUCUUCUGUAUCUCACAAAAAAUUAAAAAUAAGAAAAAGGAGUGUUAAGAAUAAUAAGAUAUUGUGGAGACAAAUAU